AUAUAAUGACGAAGAUUUGUGAAAUGACUUUUCACCUUGGUUAUACCAUUAAAAGGUGCAUCAAACACACCUCAAGGACACCUACAUUAGAAUAUCAGGUUGGUCUAUAAAAGGGAAUGACCUCUUCAAAUUGUCUUCUCAACCUUUCAUUUGUUUAUGGUCUUCAAAACCUUUACUUCUUUUUUCUAUACUCUGCCUCAAGAAACAGUAUCACCUCCUUUUAUAUCAAUAAAUUUUUAUAGAGGAAAAAUUAAUCAUGGUAUUAAAACUUAUUGGUUUCUCUAAACAUGUUAUUUUUUCAUUUAUCAAAACAAUUAUACUUCUAAUCCUUAAUUUUAUACUUCACAAAGCUGACUCAGGCUGCAACAAUUCUGUUACAACUUCAUUAGUUCAAUUUCCACCUAAUGAAGUUCUUAUAUCAUUGCAAUCACAAGUUCUUGAUGGACAUUUGAGCUUAAAGGACAAUGAAGAUGCUGCUAAGGAUUUUGGCAACAUACAUCAUUUUCCACCUCUAGCAGUGUUGCAUCCAAAAAGUGUUUCAGAUAUUUCACGUACCAUAAAGCAUGUUUUUGAAAAAGGGUCUGAUUCUGAGUUGAAGAUUGCUGCUAGAGGACAUGGACAUUCACUUCAAGGUCAGUCACAAGCACAUGAAGGACUAGUUAUCAAGAUGGAGUCACUUCAGGGUCAUGAAAUGAAAAUUCACAGUGGUGAAUUUCCUUAUGUGGAUGUAUCAGGUGGUGAGUUGUGGAUAAAUAUUCUGCAUGAGACUCUGAAACAUGGUUUGGCACCAAAGUCUUGGACUGAUUACCUUCAUCUCACUGUUGGAGGAACUCUUUCAAAUGCUGGAAUAAGUGGACAGGCUUUUAAGCAUGGACCUCAGAUCAAUAACAUCUUUCAAUUGGAAGUUGUCACAGGAAAAGGAGAGGUGGUUACUUGCUCGGAAAACCGAAAUGCUGAUCUUUUUCAUGGUGUUCUUGGAGGGCUUGGUCAAUUUGGUAUCAUCACCAGGGCUAGAAUUUCUCUUGAAUCAGCACCAAAGAGGGUGAAAUGGAUAAGGGUGCUCUAUUCUGAUUUCUCUCUAUUUACAAGAGAUCAAGAGUAUUUGAUAUCACUUAAGGACACAUUUGAUUAUAUUGAAGGAUUUGUAAUCAUAAAUAGAACUGGCAUCCUUAACAGUUGGAGAUUAUCUUUUGACCCCAAAGAUCCACUUCAAGCCAGCCAAUUCAAUUCAGAUGGGAAGACUUUCUACUGUCUUGAGAUGGCAAAAUACUUUAACCCCGAUGAAGUUGAAGUCGUGAACCAGGGUGUUGAUCACCUACUGUCACAAUUGAGUUAUAUUCCACCCACACUGUUCCUAUCAGAAGUUUCUUACGUGGAAUUUUUAGACAGAGUGCAUGUUUCUGAAAAGAAGCUAAGAGCACAAGGCUUAUGGGAAGUUCACCAUCCUUGGCUGAACCUUUUAAUCCCAAGGAGUGAGAUUCAUGACUUUGCUGAAGUAGUAUUUGGCCAUAUUCUUAAGGACACAAGUAAUGGUCCCAUACUCAUUUACCCUGUCAACCAAACAAGGUGGAACAGUAAAACAUCUUUGGUCACCCCAGAGGAAGAUGUUUUCUACCUAGUAGCAUUCCUAUCAUCAGCAGUCCCGUUUUCUACUGGUGAAAACAGUUUAGAAUACAUUCUAAACCAAAACAAAAGGAUCCUAGAUUUCUGCAGCCAUGCCCAACUUAAUGUGAAACAAUAUCUUCCACAUUACAGCACACAGGAAGAAUGGCAAGCUCACUUUGGUUCACAAUGGGGGGCAUUUGUGGAAAGAAAAAGAGCCUAUGACCCACUAGCACUGCUUGCCCCUGGGCAUAAAAUCUUUCAAAAGGCAAUGUCUACCUUCAUUUAGUUUUAGAAUGUAAGGUUGUAAUUGUAAACUAUUUUUUUAUAGACAAAUAUUAGUAUAUUAAUUAUUAUGUUAGUAUUUUCUCUUUUACUAAGAUUUGCACCUCGUUAUUUUAACUUCUUCAAUUAUUUCAACGCUUAGGUCAAAACAGUUGAACUACCUAACUCAUAUAAGGUUGUAAAGUAUUGAUUAUUAACCUUAUAUGAUUACAUCCUCUCAAUAAAUGUAAGCAUGGCUAUUGAAUUUACACUUCAAAAAGAAGUGGAUGCUUGCUUUUUGGGUCAUACCUACAAAAUUGGCUAAGAAAAACACAAGUAUUGAGUUAGUGGGACUAUGAGCAUUUGGAAAAGGGGGACUUUUAGGUAGUUUGCAAUAAAUUUGAUUUUAUAUCUUUGUACAACUUUUGUAAUUGUUAGGAAAAAUAAAAGCUAAAGAAAGGGACUCUGAGCAUUUAAUUGAACUUCCUCCUACUACACUUGAA